AGGGGGUUUAAAACCUAAAUUUUAAAUUCUAACACAAAUGUUGAAGAUGGUCUGAAAGAGGUUUAAAUGUAGUAAUUUGAAUUAUUCGAGAGUUAGACUUGUUCUUCUUCAAGCUUCUCUUCUCCUAACAAAAAAGAAUAAUUUAUUUUCGUUGAUUUGUGUAUUUAUUUUUAAUUUGAGUUAAUCUAGAACUAGAAAAAAACAUGAAACUCGUGCUCUUGAACUCUCACAAACAGUCUUCCAACAACUCUUUGAUUUGUGAGCAACUCUCAACUCGCUGACUUAGAGAUGCUGAAGAUGAUGUGGGCAACGAUUGCUACUUCUUCUUCUUCCUUGAAGGUUGGUUAUGGAAGCAGCAGCACCAGAGGUAUGCUGCCUUGCCCUCUUCAAUCUUCUCCUGUUGUUGUUUUCUUCAACAAUUACUUGGCUUUGUUUCACUCUCGAGCUUCUAAAUCGACCGAAUCUAGAAAUACUCAACAACACCAUCUUUUGAAAAUCAGUAAUGUUGAGGAUGCUCUCAAUGUGUUCGACGAAAUGCUUCAAAGGCGUCCUCUGCCUUCCGUUGUCCCUUUCAACCAAAUCUUGACUCAACUUGCCAAGAUGAAACAUUAUUCGGCAGUCAUCUCCAUGAAUAACCAAAUGGUUGUGUCCGGAAUUCGUCCAGAUGUUUAUACUCUAGCCAUUAUCAUUAAUUGCUUCUGUCAUCUCAACCAAGUGGAGUUUAGUUUGUCAGUCUUGGGUAACUUCUUCAAAUUAGGUUUAGAGCCAGAUGUCACGACCUACACCACUCUUAUCAACGGCUUUCUUCUUAAGAAUAGAGAGGCCGAGGCUGCAGCACUUUUCAAUAAAAUGUUGGAGAGUGGUAAUUGCAAGCCGAAUGUGGUUUCUUUCGGCACAUUAGUUAAGGGUCUUUGCAUGAAGGGUAACAAUAGUGCAGCAAUCCAAUUGCUUAAGAAGAUGGAAGAAAAUGCUUGCAUGCCUAACGUAAUUGUCUACAACACGAUCAUCGACAGUCUUUGCAAGGAUGCUCUAGUUGUUGAUGCACUGAACCUCUUUUUAGAAAUGACGAGUAAGGCCAUUGCUCCCGACGUCAUUACCUAUACCUCUUUGAUUCACGGAGCUUGCAAAGUAGGGAAGUGGAAAGAAGCUACAAGAUUGUUGAAUGAAAUGGUGGUGAAACAUAUCUUUCCAAAUGCGCACACCUUCAAUGUCUUGGUUGAUGCAUUCUGCAAAGAGGGGAUGGUCCAGGAAGCAAGGAGUGUGGUUGAGAUGAUGAUUCAAAGAGAUAUCAAACCUAGUACAAUCACGUACAAUUCGCUUAUGGAUGGGUAUUGUUUGCGAGGAGAAAUGGUCGAGGCAAAAGAGGUUUUUGAAGUAAUGCUUAGCAAGGCUUUCAUGGUUGAUGCUCGUGGUUAUAACGUAAUGAUAAACGGCUAUUGUAAGUGUAAACGGAUAGAUGAUGCCCAGAUGCUUUUUCUGGAAAUGUCUCAUAAGGGAGUUGUUCCAAAUACUAUUACUUAUAACACUCUUAUGGAUGGGUUUUGCAAGAUGGGAAGAAUACGAGAUGCACAGAACUUGUUCUCUCAAAUGCAAACUUGUGGCCAACUUCCAAAUAUUCGAACUUAUAAUAUUUUGCUGGAUGGCCUUUGUAAAAACCAGCAACUUUCUAUGGCAGUUGAACUUUUGGAAGAGAUGGAGGGAAAGAAGUUGGAUUUUGAUAUUGUAACUUACAAUAUUCUUAUUGAAGGAUUGUGCAAAGCUGAAAAAGUUGAAUAUGCAUGGGAUCUUUUUCGUAGUUUAUCAUCAAAAGGAAUUCAACCUAAUGUCUUGACAUAUACCAUAAUGAUUAGUGGAUUUUGUAACCGGGGAAUAGCAGGCGAAGCAGAAAACUUGCUUAGAGAAAUGGAAGAGAAAGGUUGUUGUCCAGAUGGUUGCACGUACAACGCAAUUAUCCGAGGGUUUAUCAAUAACAAUGAGACAUCAACGGCGGUGAGGCUUAUUCAGGAAAUGGUGGAGAGAGGUUUUUCUGCAGAUGCAUCAACUACGGAGUUGGUCGUUAAUUUAUUAUCUAAAGAUAAAGUAGAUCCCGCUUUGUUGGCAUUUAUAGAAAGAACAUGAAGAAAUUAUUUUGCAUCUUUUCAGUUUUGGUGCUUCCUUCUCUUGAAUGGUACAGUGGAGGGAGUUGUUCUGCUGCUGAGUGCAGUUCUGGGAGCCAUUCAUUCGUGCAUUGGCUAGUGAUGUAUGAUCUGUGUUAUUAAUUGAAGCUAUCAAGUGAUGGAGCAACUUUUGUGAUACUCUUCUUUUAAGAUUAUGAAAUCUGUUGAAAAAGCAGAGUAAUGGGACUGAUAUGAAAUUCGUAGACAUAUUUAUGGCUUGGUUUAACUUCUCUUUUAUUUUUUGGCAAUAAUUAAUUUUAAAGGAUAUGGGUCUGAUGAAAGAAGCAAUGGAGGAAAUGAUAGCUACAGGACGAGGACCCAAUCGUUUUCUUAAACUUGUGCAGUUGCUCCAACACCAGAUACAAUACACAUCUGAUCAAAUGAUGCAUCCGAAUUCCAUCAUGAAAGGUACAAUCUGUAUCCGAUCAAACGAUGUCAGAUGUGAUUAAACAAAGAAUAUACGAAUUCCAUCUUUUCUUAAUCAUUUUUCUAUCUGCACUAAAAUAUUGCAAGUUCACCAUUGAAACAAAUGCCUUGAGUUGUUGAUAUGGAGGUUCACGAGUCCUGUUGGUAAUGUAUGUGCAAUAAGAAGGCAAUUGCAACUAAAUGUUUGGCUCCGUCAGUCUUCCGUUUCUGAAUCCAGAACAGGGAGGAUGCUCAGGGCUGAAGAAUUAAGAUGCAUGCCCCGAACAAUCCCCUCAUAUUAACAGCUGCAGGUGGUGAGUAAAUUUCAAUAGUGCUGGCACGAUAAACAGACUGGAUGACUAGUAAAAGACCAGCAAUUUGGAAGAGCUCAAUUUGGCAUAAAUGUGGCGAUAAUCAUUACAGUUAUGCCUUCUCCCAACUGAUGGUGUUUAAUUAAGCGAGCAUAUGCUAGUAAUUACCAACCUGAAGAGAAAGUUACAAUUUCAUAUCCCAAUACAAGGCAAAAACUGGCGGACUUUUCCUUCCAACUGUGAGUACUACAAGCUCCUGGGUGCAAAGCAGAAGGGACACCUGAUACAACGGCUAUUUACUUCUCAGGAAGCCUUUCUUUCCUAAAACGAGCACCAGCAUAAGAUGUGUGAACCCUAGAAAGUGUGGUUGUUCUACCUCUCGGAGUGAUCCAAGAGACCUGCUGGUUUGAAGCUCGAAGCAUAAGUUGACAUAUCCAUUGGUGGUAUAGGCUUGAAAAUGUAAGUUUUCUUUUUAUUGGAUUACUAUUAUGAUCUCGAAUUACUAACCCUGCAGCAGCAUUUACCAUAAUACCAUUAGCAUGAACAAAACCAUCAAAGCUAAUUUAAAAAAUGUAUUUAUUAGCCAGAUAGGAAUCAAGUGAAACGCUAAUGAGACUCUCUCAAAGUGGAAUUCUCUGUGUACGCUCUAAACAGUGCUCGCCGGCAAGUUCACCAUUGAAACAAAUGCCUUGAGUUGUUGAAAUGCAGGUUCACAAGUCCUGUUGGUAAUAUAAAUUUGUGAAUGGUACACAAAUCAUCCUCAGCAAACGUUUUUCGAAAAGAGGAUUUACGCAGGACCAUAGUUGCCCAUCUUGAACAACAGUCGGAACAAACCAUGGCCUGCAAAUUUGAAGGCGUUCCUCUCAUGAAGCAAGCUUUUUAUUCUCUCUGCAUCACUAUACCUUCCAACACCAGCAAAGAUGUUGGACAUAAGCACGUAGUCCCCUCUGUAUCCUCGCUCCAUCUCCAGUAUCUUCUUCGUCACCCUCUCACCCAUCUCCACAUUACCAUGAAAGCUACAAGCAUCCAAGAGCGUCCUCCAAAUCACAACAUAAACAAUAUUGCAAGGAAUCUCCAAGGCCAUCUUUUCUGCUUCUUCUAUACUCCCUGCCCUCCGUAGCAUAUCUAUUAAACACCGGUAGUGCUUGAUGUCCAGUGCAAUUUCAUACUCAUCGAUCAUCUUCCCAAAGUUCAGGCCCUCAUCAAUUAAUCCUCCAUGGCCGCAAGCAUUGAAAAUACUUAACAAUGUCACUCGAUUCGGUUUGAGACCAACUUUCUCUAUGCUUGUAAAAUUCUCAACAGAUUCUUUCCCCAUUCCAAGCAUUGAAAAUACUCAACAAUGUCACUCGAUUCGUGCAUCACCCGACCCUAGGAAAAUAGAUUUCUUCGAAUAACUUAGCAUGGAUACAUUUUCAAAUCAAUGAAAAAGAUGUACCCAUAUAGGUUUAAAAAAUAGAUUAGAAAAAUGUGGGAUCCACAGUUGAUACAUUAUCAUUUAACGGUCAAAUUUAGCAGAUUGACUAGCAGAUGUAUGAAAUUGAAAUGAAAUAAUAAGCAAAUGUAUGUGAUUGAAAUGUUUUAAAAAUGUUGUAUAAGGUUACAAUUAACCACAAACAUGAUGGGGUAAAAUGUAAUUUACCUAAAAAAAAUUAAUAAGAGCAACCCACCAAACGUCAGCAUCUCCUCUUUCUUUUUGUGCAAAACCCUACAAUUGUAAGACUUUAAGAAAUGGUUACAUACAAUUAUAAGAAAGUUCGCUGGAAGAGGAAGAAGAGAAAAAAUGAGAGAGAGUUUGUGAAAUACCAAAUGUUUCCAUUUGCCCGUUCAGGUUUUGCAUUUCUUUCCUCAACCAUUGCACAUUCGCGUUUAUUUUUUUCUUGUAAGCUGCAAUUUCCUUUGUUUAUUAAUUUUACUUUUCAUUAGGGUUAGAAAUUUGAGCAAUAAUAUGCUAUUGUGAUGUAUUUUGAAAGGCUAAAGACGCUUCUAUGCAUGUUUGAAGGGAAAAUUUGAGUUUAUCAACCACUAUCUUAGUCAUACAGGUUCGGUUUUUCUCAUUGGUAAUCUUAAUUGUUCAUGUUUUGUACUAUUUUGCUUAACUUGACGCCUUAUUAUAUUAUCGUUUUAUUGUAAUUUUCAGUUUGCCUUCAGAUUUUUGGUGCACAAUUACCUAAUUAGUUUGUAAAUUUGACACCUGACUUGGUGCUAUAUGUAUUUUAAGUGAAGAACGAAGGUGAAGUUUGUAACUCACACAAUUUAGACAUGGAAAGUUGUUGAAUACAGGUGCUCUUCAUUGCUGACUUGUUUCACGACUUUAAGCAUGCAAAACUUUCAUGC